GUUGGUGGGAGGGAUUAACCACCAAGUAGGUAGGGCAAGUGGCUCAAGGACUGCACAAUUUCAUCUACUCCAGUUCAUUUCAGUCUCUCUCUCUGCACAGUACAGUCUGGACAAGAGGACCUUCAGUCUCACUGGCAGUUGUCAUAAAAUAAAAUAGUUAAAUAUAUGAGACAGCAGAGCGAGUUGAAAUCCAACGAGGUUGUUUUGGAGUCGGAUGAGUCCAUGGACCAACAAGAUUUUAGCGAGAUGUCUGGUUAUUCUAUUAACGACGUCAUAUACUCCGAAUGUUCCGCAAUGGAGCAAAUCGACACUUUUAUGAAAAACGUUCAGGUGUUGCUGGAUGCAGCAAAUUACAUUGAAAACCAUGAAAAGAACAACGGAAAAUGUGAACAUGGAUAUGCCUCAACAUACCCUGCAACUCAAAGCACGCAUCAUCAGAGACCACGGAAAUUCAAGAAUAAGAAAAUUGACAAUAUUCACAACAGGUCAGCACACAAUGAGCUGGAAAAAAACAGACGAGCACAUCUCCGCCUGUGUUUGGAGAGGUUAAAGAUGUUGAUCCCACUGGGACCAGACUGCAGUCGGCACACUACCCUGGGGUUGCUUAACAAGGCCAAGGGUCACAUUAAGAAACUAGAGGAGAUGGACCGGAGGAGCCAGCACCAGCUGGAAAGCCUGGAGCGAGAGCAGAGGCACCUGCAGAGGCAGCUGGCCCACCUGCAGACCCCCGGAGGUGGAGACAGGGACAGGGUCCGUAUGGAUAGCCUAGGUUCCCCUUUGGCCUCAGAACACUCUGACUCGGACCAAGAAGAGAUAAAGGUGGACGUGGAAAGCACUGACUUCUCCCAUGGAGAGUUGGACAGUAUCAGCACCAAUGGCUGCAGUGACUUGGAAGACCACAACAGUCGGCAGAGCCUAGCCAGUGACGAGGGCUACUCCACCUGCAGCCUAAAACUGGCCUUUUCCUCCUAAGAACCAGCCUGAAGCUCCUAAUCCACACCUGCAGUCUAAACGGGCUUUCUAAGAAUCAUCCUGAAGCUCCUCAUCCACACCUGCAGUUCCUCAUCCACACCUGCAGUCUAAACUGGGCUUCUAAGAACCAGUCUAAAACUCCACUCCACCUGCAGUCUAUAACUGGUCCUAUACUAUGAACCAACCUGAAGUUUUCCUCUUUAUGCAGUCUAAAUCUGGACUCACCUCCUAAGAACCAGCCUAAAUCAAGAACCAGCUAAAAGCUAAACCCCACCUACAGUUUGAAAGGACAGAUCUUACCUCAACUGUAAAAUCUUGACUCUGAUGUGUCUGUUACCAGUCUCCUCCUAAAACCAGCACAAAAACGACAUAAAACCAGCCAGAAGCUCACCAGUGACAAGGGCAACUUUCCCCCCACUUUGGAAACCCCUAGCAGAUGACCAUCUGAGAAAAGAAACAAUUCUUGUCAAUCACCAAGCAAGUUACUAGUGCUUCUCUAUCUCCAAUCCAAACCGCUUUUCUUAUACAGUACCCAGAGUUAUACCCCAAAUCUUUGACAAGCCACCACUGUUAUUCCUACCUUAUGAUUGAGAAAUGUAUUUAUUUUCCCAAUAUUUAUCGUGCUGUACUGUCUUGGUCACACUUGAAUUAUGAAAUGAAUGGAUAAUAUUAUUUGGAUGUUUUGACAACUGUAAUGUUUGGUUUUAUAUAAGUCUUGUGGUUUUGAACUGAGCGUUAAGUUCUUAGACAAAAGCUAGUGCAAUGUUACACGACACGCUAAAUGUAUCACUCUGGUCUGUUGUGAGUGACAUUUAUCCCCGUUGAGAUUUCAAAAUAAUUGUUUGUAUACAUUAGGCAGCUAUGAGAUAUACCGCACUUCAAGGCCCAAGCACAAUUCUGAAGCAAUAACACUUGCCAGUCAUGUCAACUUUGUUGGCUGUUUUAGGCACACCAUUUUGGCCGUCAACACCAAAUUGAAUGUGCUUAUUUUGUAACUUCAAUAGCUUUAAUUACAAAUAGUAAUCAAUAUUAAGAUAAUGGUUUGAACAAGUCAUGUUGCAUGUGUAUUGAAUGUAGUUCUCCAUUUUUUUAAUCAUGGGCUUUGGAUUGACCAGUUGAGAGCUCAUGUCUUUGUAUUGAUGAACACAGGGCAAGAGUUUUUACUUAGUAACUUAUUUGUUGCAUUGUAGCUAAGAAGCAUUCCAAUGUUAAAACCCUGACACUGUAUAUUCUGAGUAUUUAUGUACAAAAAUCACACUUUCCCCUAAUUGCACUGCAAGACUAUUCCACUAACCAAAUUGGAAAUGUCAUCUUAUGACCAUACCCAUAUUUUUGUGGUACAACUAAAUAGAUUAUCACCACCAACUGUGUCUUAACAUGGCUAAAUUGACUCUUGCACAAGUUUCUUAGUUCCAAGUCUUUAUUCAGUGUCAGUGUUGGGUAAUUUGUAAAACGCACUAUGAAAAAGACUUGUUCUAAGAAAGUGUCUCUUAACACUACUGUGCUAAAUCAGCCAUCAAAGGUGACUUUUACAAAAGAACAUGUUGCUGGCCCCCUGCUACCAUUUUGUGUUUCCUGGUAGUGGUCCCUUAAACUAGAUCAAUAAACCUUUACCACCCCAGGUACCUA